GAUCCCAGGGAAGUUGCUGUUCUCCCUGGUGAAGCGCUACCUGUGUGUCACGUCUCUGAUGGAUAGACUGAACACUGCGGGGGCGGAGACUUCCUCUGAUAGACCGGACGGAAGCCCCGCCCCCUCCUCAUCUGGCCCCACCCACCAACCCGAGCUGCUGCGCCUCCACAGAGAGUUCGACUUUACCAUGGCCAUGGCCAACCUGAUCUCGGAGCUGGUCCGAGUGAUGGGCUGGGACCGCAACCGGAAGCUGCCAGAGGACGCCGCUCAUCUCCCAGGAGGGGGCGGUCCCUGUGGAGAGGAGCAGGGCGAGGAGGCGUGUCAUCCGGUCCUCAGGUCAAUCUUCCAGCCCCGGUUCUGCGCCCCAUCCGUCUCCCUCUCUGCCGGGUCCCCAAUCACUGCGCCCGCAUCCACACCAACGAAGAAGAAACCAGGAAAUGGCUUCAAGGCGAGGUCGGACUUCACCAGCCGCUCUGCCUACGUAGAGUACGUCCAGGACAACUUGAAGAGCGGCAUGACGGUGCGCAUGCUGGAGGACUAUGAGGAGGUUAGCGCCGGGGAUGAAGGGGAGUUCCGCUACAGUAACGACGGGUCGCCGCCUGUCCAGGUGUACUGGAACUCCCUGUCCAGAACCUACUGGGUCCACUGGCACAUGGUGGAGAUCCUGGACAGCGGAAGCAGCAGCCAGUCUGAGAAGGACUCGCAGGAAAAGGCCUCCUCUUUGGCCGAGACCCUCAAACUCACAGCAGUUAGCCAGACCUUCUUCUCCAAGCCUCCCGGCGGUCUCUACUCGCUGCCGUACCUGACAGACGAGCCGCAGAGCGAGCCGGCGGCCCUGAGCAGAGCUGAAUGGUGGGAGGUGCUGUUCUUCAUCAAGAAGCUGGAGCCCAAGCAGCAGCAGGAGGUGAACGGCCUCCUGCUGCAGAGCCUAGAUGAGCAGGAGGUGGAGCCAGACGACUCGUCGCUCAUCGACCUGUCCAUCCGCGGAGACGUAGCCAAGAAGCUGCUGCACUACCUGAAGCAGAACCUGCCGUCGUCGUGUCUGAGCGACCUCCUCUGCUCCCACACCUUCUCCAAGCACUACCUGAGGAGAGGAGGAGGAAGCCUGGAGGACGAAGAGCUGCUGGCAGAAAGCUCCCUGACUCCACCUACUCCGGGAGGAGGAACGCAGAGCUUCGCCUCCUCUUCCUCAGCAAAGGGCUCCGUCUCCAAGAAGGCCAAGAAGGACGUUCCUCAGGAGUUAGGCAGCUCAGAGACAGAGAGCGAGCUGCCAGAGGAAGACGACAGCAAAUACCCCGACGACCUGGAGGACAAGAUGAAAGUGUUCAACAAUCCCCGAGUGCAGGGCAAGAAGAGCGUACUGGAGAAGCUGGGGGAGGUGGUGGACAUCCUGAAGAAGGGAGGGGCUUCAGACCCCGCCCAGCAUCUAGCCGCCGUCCUCUUCCUCACCCGGCUGCUGGAGGACAGGAGCUCUCAGGAGAAGAACUCCAUGAGGAGCGACUAUGCCCAGACCGUACGAGACAAGGUGCUGAAGCUUUUGGUGGAGCUGCUGGGAUCCUCCUCCAAAGACGUGGUGGUGAGCACCCUCAGACUGACCCACCUGCUCAUGCUGAGGUACGAGUGGAGGGUCAGCUUUGCCACCGAGGGAGGAGUCAAAGCCGUGCUGUCCUGCAUGCAGGAGUUCUCCACCGUGGCGCAUGUCCUCCAGCUGGCGCUGGCGACUCUGAAGGUCAUUACUGGCGCCAGUAAACACGACCUGCGUAGCGUCGGCAGCAGCCCCCCGCUCCCAGAGUCAGGAACCCAGAUGAUGUUGGAGAUCUUCGCCAGCAUUGGCUCUGCCACACCAGAAGGCUCCAGAGGCCUGCUGAGCGCCAUCCCUUCUGCCAUCGACGUCAUGCUGAAGACCCAAGGCUGCAUGCUGUCGGUGCGGAACGGGCUGCUUGUAAUCAUCAUGCUCAUCGCCAACCACAAGAGCCUGGCAGAGCAGCUGGUGGACUGUGGCGUCAGUGCCGUCCUCAAGAAGUGUCUGACGCUGUCCAGAGCGGAGACCAUGCUGGCCAUCAUUGCCCUCAACCACAUCUCCAUGGUGCACAAGCUGGAGAGCAAAGAGUGUCAGGAACAGCUGGACUUUAAGGGAACGGAGCUGCAGAUGCUGGUGGUGAGUCUUAAGGAGCUAACGGUGACCAAAGAGGUGAUCCAGACUCUGGAGCAGCUGCUCUGUGACGACACCACUCAGCUGGAGGAGGAGCGCAGACAGGUGACGCACAGUCGGGACACCUACCAGGACCUGGUCCGUCUGAUGGAGCAGCAUAGAGCUGACCGGGCCGUCCAGCUCUCCAUUCUGCGGAUCCUCAACAAGUUCCUGGACAACUACCAGGAGGACAUGCUGCCAUGGCACGAGAGCAUUGAGCCGUGCCUGUCCACCAUGACGGCGUUCAUCAACGACAGAGAGGUGGUGCAGCUGUUCAUCCGCUUUCUGUACCGUCUGGCGUCUCUCAACAAAGACUAUGCUGUGGUCAUGUGCCGCCUGGGGACCAAAGAGGCUCUGGUGAAGGCUUUGGACAAACACAGCACCAACCUGCUGCUGGUCACUGAGCUCAGAGACCUCAUCGGCGACUGUGAGAAGUACGCCAGCCUCUACAAGAAGAUGACCACCAGCGUGCUGGCAGGAUGCAUCCAGAUGGUGCUGGGACAGAUUGAGGAACAUCGCCGCAGCCACCAGCCAAUCAACAUUCCCUUCUUUGACGUCUUCCUGAGGAACCUCUGCCAAGGCUCCAGUGUGGAGCUAAAGGAGGAUAAAUGCUGGGAGAAGGUGGAGGUGUCGUCCAACCACCACAGAGCCAACAAGCUGACCGACAAGAACCCCAAGACUUACUGGGAGUCUAAUGGCUGCACUGGAUCCCACUUCAUCAACAUCUACAUGCACAAAGGCGUGGUCAUCAGACAACUUGCUAUCCUGGUGGCUAGUGAGGAUUCUAGCUACAUGCCGGCUCGGAUAGUGGUUCUAGGUGGGGAUGACCCGGCCUACAUCAGCACAGAGCUCAACACGGUCAACGUCCCGGCCUCCGCCAGCCGCGUGGUUCUUUUGGAGAACAUGACCCGUUUCUGGUCCAUCAUCCAGAUCCGAAUCAAACGAUGCCAGCAGGGCGGCAUCGACACUCGGGUCCACGGCUUCGAGGUGCUGGGUCCAAAGCCCACCUUCUGGCCCGUGUUUAAGGAGCAGCUGUGCCGGCGUACUUACCUGUUCUACAGCACCAAGGCCCACACCUGGUGUCAGGAGGUGGUGGAAGACAAGGCUCAGCUGCUGCAGCUCUUCAACAAGCUGAAGAGUGCGCUGAGGCACGAGCAGAUGUUUGCAGACCGGUUCCUGCCGGACGCCGAGGCAGCCGAGGCCCUGGGCCGGACCUGCUGGGAGGCCUUGAUUAGCCCCAUCGUUCUCAGCAUCACCCAGUCAGAAUCCUCCGUAUGCAGCCCGCUCUCCUGGCUGCUCAGCGAGUACCUGGACAACGCAGAGUCGGCCCGCCGCUGUAAGGGCCGGGCGGCCAUCUUUAACUCCAGAGUGAGGCGUCUCACCCACCUCCUGGUCCACGUGGACACCAGCGCGCCUGAUGACGAGGAGCUCAAACCACCUGUAAAGUCCAAAGGUCUGAACAGGAGCAAAGAGCUGAAGAAUGGGAAGGAGGGCAAAAACAAAGAUGGCCCCACUGCCUCCUCCUCUUCCUCAUCUUCCUCGGUCAAGCCCAAAGUGAGGAGCAGCAGCAGCAUCGCAGGCAUCGCCCUCUGUUGGCAGGGGGUGGUGCAGCAGCAGGUGAAAAGGUUCCUGGAGUCCAGCUGCAGUCUGCCGGACUUUGUGGAGCGCUAUCGGACUCUGUACCUGCGGCUGAAGAGCGCCAUGGAGGAGCUGUUUGGGCAGCAGACCGCCUUCAUCCUCGCUCUGCGGCACGGCUUCUCCGCCGCGCUGCUGCAGCUCUCCAUCCUGAAGGCCAUGCAUGUCAGCGAGCGCUUUGCUCAGUAUAUCGAUCAGAUGAUCCAGGCCAGCAGGGCGCCCCCUGGUGGAGUGGCCACUCUGGAGCGGCUGCAGCAGUUUCUGGAGCCGAUGCUCUUCCUGUCGGGCCUGGAGCUCGCCAACACCUUCGAACACUUCUACAGGUACUACCUGGGGGACCGGCUGCUGGCCCAGGGCAACGUAUGGCUGGAGAGCGCCGUCAUCGCUCAGAUCGGCAGCUGCUUCCCGAGUCGCUUCCCUCAGCAGAUGCUGAAGAACCUGAGCGAGUCGGCUGAGCUGCAGCAGGAGUUCCAUCUUUACCGCCUCCAGCAGCUGGACCGCCAGCUGCAGGAAGAGGACCAGAUUCAGGAAGACUGGAUGGAGUCAGAGGAGGAGGCUGAGGUCCAGGUCCUGGUUCUGUCGCCACGAUGCUGGGCCGUAUCCUCGCUCUGCUUCCUGGAAGAACCAGCCAAGCAUUUUCCAGCCGACCUUUGCUCCUACCUGAACCACUUCACCCAGUUCUACACCCACAGUCAGUCCAUGUACAGCCUGAGUCACUCGAAGCCUCGGCGGCUGCAGUGGACCUGGCUCGGUCACGCCGAGCUGCAGAUGGGCAGCUGGACGCUGCACGUCUCCACGCUGCAGAUGUUCAUCCUGCUGCAGUUCAACAGUCUGGAGGAGGUCAGAGUCCAAGAUCUGCUGCAGGAGAGCGGACUGUCCGCUGCCGUCCUGCUGCACGCCCUGCAGCCGCUCAUCAGCGAGGGAGGACCGCUGACCUGCAGCCCUCCGGACGAGCCCGCCGCCGGUGUGCUCCGGCUGAACCAGGAGGUGCUGACGCGCAGUGUGCAGGGCGACACGGUGACGCAGCUGCUGCCCAGGCAGACGUACCUGAAUGUGGACGAAGACGCUGCGGGGACGUUGGAGAGGAAGAGGAACUUCAUCUACUGUCUGAUCGUGAACAUCAUGAAGCAGGAGAAGGAGAUGCACAUCGAUAACCUGGUCUUUAAGGUCCUGGACUCGUGUCAGAAGCAGGAGGCGUCUCGGCCUGCGGGCGCCGGCCGAUUCGCCUGCAGCACCGGCGACGUGCUGUCCUGCAUCAUGCAUGUCAUCAACAAAGGCUGCGUCCGACGCAACGAGGACAACCCUCACAUCGUGGAGUUUGUCCCCGAGGACCCGUCCACGCCCAGGAAAGGCCACGCCCAGUUCUCCUUCGUUCGCUCCGACUCCACGAAGGACGCCGCCACCACAGACAGCAUGGCUGACAUCAGUUUGGUACCAGCACCACAGGGGUUGGAGGACGGGGUUCUGGACUCGGUUCUGGACUCGGUUCUGCUCUCCAUGGGUCGGACCAUGAACCAGGAGGAGGUCCGGCAGCUGAUGCAGAGGACAGUGCAGCAGGUCGCGGCCACCCUCAGUCUGGACUUGGACCGGGCCGAGCACCUCCUGAUCCACUGUAAGUGGAACGUAGACCUGCUGGUUCAGCGCUACACCGACGACCCAGACGCCGUCAUCCUGGCUGCCGGGCUGACCUGCAGGAACCCCCAGCCUCCGCCCGGCCCCGCCUCCACCUGCCCCGUGUGUCUGGGCUCCGGAAGCGGCGGCGCGGAGCCCGUCCUGACUCUCAGCUGCAUGCACUACUGCUGCCGGUCGUGUUGGCAGGAGUACCUGACGGCCCGGAUCGAGCAGAACCUGGUGAUGAGCUGCAACUGUCCAAUCACAGACUGCCAGGCUCAGCCCACCUCCCACUUCUUCCUCAGCAUCCUGACCGACAAGGACACCGUCGCCAAGUAUGAGAGUGCCUUGCUCAGAGGCUACGUGGAGAGCUGCUCCAACCUGACCUGGUGCACCAACCCUCUGGGCUGCGACCAGAUCCUCUGCAAGGAGAACAUGGGCAGCAUGGGGACCUGCUCCAAGUGCUGCUGGUCCUCCUGCUUCAGCUGCAACUUCCCAGAGGCUCACUACCCGGCCAGCUGCAGCCACAUGUCUCAGUGGAUGGACGACGGCGGCUUCUACGAAGGUAUGAGCGUGGAGGCCCAGAGCAAACACCUGGCCAAGCUCAUCUCCAAGCGCUGCCCCAGCUGCCAGGCCCAGAUCGAGAAGAACGAGGGCUGCCUGCAUAUGACCUGUGCCAAAUGUAACCACGGCUUCUGCUGGCGCUGCCUGAAACCAUGGAAGCCCACUCACAAAGAUUACUACAACUGCUCCGCCAUGGUGAGCAAAGCUGCUCGGCAGGAGAAGAAGUUCCAGGACUACAACGAUAGGUGCACCUUCCACCACCAGGCCAAGGAUUUUGCCGUCGGCCUGGAGAACAAAGUGUCGUCCAUCAACGAAGCUCUGCAGAUGAAGUCGCUCACCUUCGUCAUCGACGCCUGCAAAGUCCUGGCUCAGGCGAGGAAGGUGCUGGCCUACUCCUGUGUCUACAGCUACUAUAACCAGGAAACGGAGAAGAUGGACGUGAUGGAGCAGCAGACGGAGGCUCUGGACCUUCACACCAACGCCCUGCAGAUCCUGCUGGAGGAGACUCUGCUGCAGUGCACUGACCUGGCCUCCUGCGUGCGGCUGCUGAAACCAGAACAUCUCAACACGGGCCUGGAACUGAUCCGCCGCAUCCAGGAGCGCCUGCUGGCCAUCCUGCAGCACUCUACCCAGGACUUCAGGGUCGGGUACCAGUCCAAAGGCAGCCAGGAACCCGAGUCCACCCAGGCCUCCAGCCUGUCCAACAACACGGACGCCAACAAAGUGUCCAAGUCCAACCGCGGGUCGGACUCUGGAGACUCAGACCAUAACACCUUCAGCUGUGAGGAAGGUGGCGAGGAGGCGGAGGAUGAUGAGUAUGAUGAAGAGUAUGUCCCAGAGUGGCACGAGGACUACGAUGAAGACGACAUCGACGAGGAUGACUUCUUUUCUGAUGACGACGAGUCCGAGAACUUGGAACGGGACUUCAGCCCGUUUGUCUGAACCGGGUCAGGACAGAAAGAUGAAGCCCCGCCCCCUUCAUAGCCAUGUGAUGUCCUCUGAGGACGCCAGAUGGCGGACAGUCCACCUGCUGUCCUCCACCACCCCACACCAAACCCCUUCGCUGCACCUGCUUUCACUUUCUGAUUCUGUUCUCUUUAGGCCAAAGUUUGGGACAGAACCAGCUCUGACUUCACUUCCUGUUCCUGAAACUUUGUUUCCAACAGUUUUUGUCUGUUUGCAGCCUUCAAAAGGGAUUUGAAUCAACCGCAAUCUGAACCAGUUAAACCAGUUUAACAUCUGAAACAGUAGAAUGCAGCCAGUCUAAACAGGAUUAAAUCUAAAACCUGUUUCCUCUUGUAUGAUCCAGUGAAAACAGAUCUAUAGGCAUUUGGAAGCAGUCUAAACAGACCUGAAACUAGUUUACACCCUGAAACCACUUUCUAAAUGGACAAAUCUGGUUUAAAACCAGUAUAGAUGAUUGAAACCAGUUUAACUCCAGUCUGAAAAUACUUGGACCCAUUAAAGAAGUGCGAUGCCCAUAGAAAUCUGUUCUGAACUGAUGUGAACCAGACCGGAUCCAGUUUCCUCUGGUCUGACUCUGUUCUGCAUCGUUCGGUUCUCACUUGUUCUGUUGGACUGGACUUGCCUGGUUCCAGGUUCUUCCCCGGUCCGGUUCUGACGGACGCUGGCACCUUCUCUAACUCCUCCCAUCUAGAUUCAGAGUUUUGUACGUGUUGGAAGAGCUGGAUGUUUCUAUGCACAGGAACCUGCUCGGUUCUGUCAGACCAGUUUUUGGCUCGCCGUUCUGGAGUCGGCGUUCCAGCUCCUUAUUUUGCUGUAAUUUUGAGAGAUCAUAUAUUCAUAUUGUUGAGAUUCUAUAACGUUUUUCUGUUUUCUUCAGUCAGCAAACGAAAUAAAAGCUUUUUCUGCGACGCUGCAGCCGACUGGUUC